UGUUUUGAGCACAGCAACGAUCUCCAUUUAGCAUCUACGAACUAGAUACCACCCGAAAUCCACAGGAAUUCCAAGACUUGAAGUGUAAAAAUCGACCUUGGAUCAGAACUACAUAGCAGCACGUGAGACCUCACAAUGUCACACGAUUGUCACGCUUCUCCGUCGACAAACGCAAUUCCUCAAGACUCUAGCUAACGAUGUCGCUCGUCGUCCCCGAGGCCCACCAGCAGUUCCAGCACAUUCUGCGUCUGCUCAACACUAACGUUGAUGGAAAGCGCAAAAUCAUGUAUGCCUUGACUGAAAUCAAGGGUGUCGGUCGCCGCUACUCCAACAUUGUGUGCAAAAAGGCCGAUGUCGACCUGAACAAGCGUGCCGGUGACUUGAACUCGGACGAGCUUGAGCGGAUCGUGACCAUUAUCCAAAACCCCACUCAGUUCAAGAUCCCGACAUGGUUCCUGAACAGGCAAAAAGACAUUGUGGACGGCAAAAACUUCCAGAUCCUUUCUAACGGCGUCGACUCCAAGCUGCGUGAUGACCUGGAGCGUCUGAAGAAGAUCCGAGCACACCGAGGUCUGCGUCACUUCUGGGGUCUCCGGGUGCGUGGACAGCACACCAAGACGACUGGUCGUCGUGGAAAGACCGUCGGUGUGUCGAAGAAGCGUGGUUAGAUCCUUCGUGUAUUGUUUUAUCUCAUGCAUUCAAUCCAUGCUCUCCAUGCCUAUGUACAUGUCCGAGUUUCUGCACGA